UUAACCAAGUGGAGCUAGGGUUUAAGCGGAAACCAUGUCAAGUAAAUGGAGGUGGGCGGGGACGGAAGUGCCGAUCAUCGGUAGCGACUCCUUUAAAUUUAUUGAGAUUUCGGUUUCUUCUUCUAGUAGUAAUGUACAGUCACAGUCACAUUCUAAUUUUAUUGCUCCUCGUGCUGAUGGUUACGCUUCAUGCGCUCUUGUUGGUGAUCCUUCUCUCCAUCUCAUUUUGCGAAUUCGCGAGAGUCUUCCUAAUUCACUCGACCUACUCCCUUUCUCUUUUUCUAAGCCAUUUCCCAUUCUUGGUUUGCGAAUCAAUUUCCCUUGUAAACUGUCUUCUUUUGCUUUUCUUUUUGAACUCGCCCCCAAUGUUUACUCGCUUUGUGUCUUAUCCGUUUCUGGAAUCGUUUUCAUUCUCAAACUUUCUGCAAAUUUCUCUGAUUAUGAAACCUAUCCUAUUUUUCCACAAGAAGACCUUUUACAGUUUAAUUUGGUAAAUUAUGGAGACAUUCCCAUAACAAGUGCAGCCGCCACUUCUGGAUGCCUGGUUGUGGGCAGAAAUGAUGGAUCUGUUGCUUUUUUUCAACUUGCCACUCAUCACCCCACCGCUCCUGGUUUUGUGCAGGAGCUACGGGACGAUUCAGGAAUUGGUCGUUUGUGGGGUUUAAUGUCAAGGGGUAGGAUGGUAGGGGCUGUCCAGGAUUUGGUUAUAACAGAGGUGCAAGGGAAAAUACUGGUGUAUGUGCUUCAUUCUGGUGGCAUUUUUCGAGUAUGGGAUCUUUCUUCUCGGAGCAGAAUAUUUAGUCAUACAAUUACCAAUCCAUCAGUGGAAGGAGCUCCAUUUGUGAGGUUGUGGGUGGGUGAAACUAAUUCCAACUCAAGUGUUAUUCCUUUGGCAAUCUGGUAUAGAUAUACUUCGGAAGUUGGCAUGGAGGCAAUCGAUGUAUAUAGUCUUCAAUGUAGUUGGGGGAAAGAGCCGAUAUUGUCACUGGAACCCUCAAUGCUAAAUGUUCCAAUGGAGGAGGGUUCAUGCAUUGAUGUCAAACUUGCCUCAGACAGGAUAUGGAUAUUGAAGGAUAGUGGAUUGGUAGUUCACAAUUUGUUCCAUAAGGAUGGUCUUGUGGAAGAAGCACACUGUUAUGCUUUGCAGGAAGAGUUUGUUGCUGACAUGCUUUUUCAAAGUUCUGAACAUCCAUCUGAUGAUCUUCUGUCAAUUACCCAUUCAAUAGUUACAUCUCCCAAGGAUUACGUUGUUCUGUUUUUAUCUUCUAUUUUCAUACGCAGGCUGCUUCAUCCUGGGGUUCAUCAUAAUAUGGUUUUACGUGCAACUUUGCUGGAUUAUAAUAGGCACUGGACUGAUUCUGAGUUUCAGUCUUUAACUGUCGAUGGACUUAAAAAGGAGAUCAUUUCACUUGUUGAACAUGAGGGCAUUGCUGAAAAUCCUCUGUCCAUAUUUUAUGGCUGGAAGAAUUUCUGUUCUCGUUAUUUCCAUCACUGGUGCAAGAUCAAUGAGCCAUAUGGUUUGUUUGUUCACCCUUCAACAGGUGCUGUUGGUUUACUCCGAAAGAAUUCAGUAUCUGUGUUUCGUGAUCUAGAAAAAAUUGAGCUGCUUAUUGAUGGUUCUUCUGAUGAAUUUGAUGAUCAGCCAACAAGUUUUGGGUUGGAGUUUUCGGAUGAUGGUUCUGAACGUGAGAUUCUUUUCGAAGUGCUUAGAUGUAUUACUAGCAUCAGCCAACAAUUGGGGAAAACAGCUUCUGCAAUAUUUUAUGAAUCACUUGUGGGCACAUCAAUUAUCUCAGCUGAAGAAAUUGUUCCUCGCUUACUGAAAAUUCUAGAAACAGGAUAUGGUUCAUCAGUAACGGCACUCAAUAUAUCAGAUCUUGGAGCUGAUGUUGCUAGAGAGAAGGAGCUUGUAGAUCACAAAAAUCUUAGGAAAUUUUCUGUCGACAUGCUACUGUCUCUUCAUGCUGUGGGCAAAAAGGCUGCAUCUUGGGAUAGAGUCCUAAAUGUCAUCGAGAGCUAUCUGCAGUUUCUUGUACCUUGCAAAAUCAUACAAAAUUUUGACUCUGAAAUAGUUUUGAAUAUCAAUACUUUCAUUUUAGUCCAGGCAACUUCUCAAAUUGCGAAGGUGAUGUUUGAGUCUACAUUAGAUGUUCUUCUGUUUGUAAGCUAUUUGGUGAACAUCAGUGGCCAGAUUAGUAUGUUGCAUGAUGACAUAGCAAGAAUACAACUUGAGUUGAUUCCGAUGAUUCAAGAAAUUGUUACUGAGUGGCUUAUCAUUCUCUUUUUUGGCACCACACCUUCUGAAUCACCUGCAAUAGAAGAUUUCAGCUCUCAACUUUCAUCAUUACAAAUUGAUAGCAACAUUGGGAAAAGAUCAUGGAAUGAGAAGCUUGGCAAAUGCGAUUUCACCUUAGCUUUUAUACUUUUACUAAAUAAUCAAAGUUCCUUGGGAGAUCCUAGCUGCAUCUUACCAAGAUGUCUCCCUAAUCCACAAGAAGUUACUGGUUCAGUUCGGGGCUUUACUAGCUGGAUCAUUUGGGGCAAAACUGGGGAGGAAUCUUCUUCUUUCUUGCGGCAUUCAACUCAGCUUGCACUGAUCCUGCUUAAGCAUGGCCAGUAUGAUGCUGUUCAGUACCUACUUACCCUUGUGGAGUCAAAUUCGCAAAAGGAGAAAAUAUUUAGAAGUAUCCAAGAUACUGGUGGUGAUUGGUCUCUUCUUCAACAUCUUUUGGGAUGUUGCCUUCUGGCACAAGCACAAUGUGGAUUACCUGGAAUUCUUAAAGAGAAGAAAGUCACUGAAGCUGUUCGUUGUUUCUUCAGAGCUUCAUCUGGACAAGGAGCUUGUGAGGCUUUGCAAAGUUUAUCUUACAAAACAGGGUUGCCACAUCUUGGUUUAAAUGGUUGUUUGUCAUCUGCUGCAUGGAAGCUUCAUUACUAUCAAUGGGCAAUGCAGAUAUUUGAGCAAUAUAAUAGUAGUGAAGGUUCUUGCCAGUUUGCUCUUGCUGCACUUGAGCAAGUUGAUGAAGCUGUUGGUCCAGAAGAUGAUUGUUAUGGUGGAAAUCCACAAAAUGAAUCAGCCACUACUAUCAAAGGGCGACUUUGGGCGAAUGUCUUCAAAUUUACUUUAGAUCUUAAUCUUUUACAUGAUGCAUACUGUGCAAUAAUUUCAAAUCCUGAUGAGGAGAGCAAAUACAUCUGCCUGAGACGUUUUGUUAUAGUUCUCUACGAGCGCAAAGCAACAAAGUUUCUUUGUGAUGGUCAACUACCCUUCAUUGGUUUAGCAGAGAAGAUUGAACGAGAGCUUGCCUGGAAGGCAGAACGUUCAGAUGUCUUGGCGAGACCAAACCCAUAUAAGUUGCUUUAUGCAUUUGAAAUGCAAAGGCAUAACUGGAGAAGGGCAGCUACUUACAUAUACCUGUAUUCUGCUCGUUUGAGAAAUGGACCACUUCCAAAAGAUCACCAGCAGAUUUUAUUGGUGCUUCAAGAGAGGCUGAAUGGGCUUUCUGCAGCUAUCAAUGCCCUGCAUCUUGUUCAUCCUACAUAUGCUUGGAUUGAUCCUUUGCUUGGGCAAACUUCUUUUCAAAAUGAGAAUUAUCCUAGUAAAAAGGCUAAAAAGAUGGUAAAAGAACAAUUGGCUGGCAAUGAUAUUCAACCUCAAAGGCUGCAUUCAUAUAUAGAUAUUCAGAAACUUGAGAAAGAGUUUGUGCUAACUUCGGCUGAAUACUUACUCUCAGUGGAAAAUGUCAAAUGGACAUUUAAUGGAAUUGACAAAGCCCCAUUAGAUUUGGUUGAUCUGCUGGUCCAGAAAAAUUUGUAUGAUAUGGCAUUUACAGUUCUUUUAAACUUUUGCAAGGGUUCAAGAUUGAAGAGUGAAUUGGAGAGAGUUUUCUCUGCUAUGUCAUUAAACUGUUGUCCGAGUAAAGCAGGUUCCUCUUAUAGCGGGACUCCCGGUCUCUUGCUUACAUCAUCAAAAGAUGAAGUGGUUGUUCAUGGUUCUCCUGAUAACAUACCAACCACUAAACAACACAAGGCGAAUGGUCAAUGGGAAACCCUUGAGCUCUAUCUUGAAAAAUAUAAAGAUUUCCAUGCUGGAUUACCAGUAGUUGUUGCUGAGACACUUCUUCGCAUGGAUUCAGAGAUUGAGUUGCCUCUAUGGUUGGUUCAUAUGUUCAAGGAUGGUCAAAGAGAUAGGACCAAGGGUAUGACUGGCCAAGAAUCAAGUCCUGCAUCCUUGUUUCGACUAUAUGUUGAUUAUGGUCGAUAUACAGAGGCAACAAAUUUGCUGCUGGAGUACAUAGAGUCAUUUGCGUCAAUGAGACCAGCUGACAUUAUUAAUAGGAAAAGACCAUUUGCUGUUUGGUUCCCAUACACAACAAUAGAGCGUCUAUGGUGCCAACUCGAGGAUAUGACCAGGUUGGGUCACAUGGUUGAUCAGUGUGAAAAGCUAAGAAGGAUACUACAUGGAGCUUUGCUGAAACAUCUCAAGCUGCAAAAGGUGGACUCGGACGACGCAAUUUUUUCUGCAUCCGGUUAAAAGAAAUGUCAACAAGUAGAUUUGACAAAGCAAUCAGUUUCAGUAGUGAGGCAUGUUUAUAUAUGUAAUAUUUGUUAUUUGCAGUUGCUGUAAAUUGUCUGAGCGAAUUCAAGAAUUAUUUAGUUAUUGCAUAGAUAUGAUUGCUGAUUGGA